AUGCAAGAGUUACCCGUCAAGUCCAAAGACAUAUACACGCAACUCGCGCAUAUUGGACAUGGCACUUAUGCAGACGUAUUCUUAUGCAUGCACAAAACCUCUGGAGACUAUGUAUGUCUGAAGGAGAUGGACGUAAGCUUUCUAUCAUCCGACGAGCGAGAAAGGUGUCUUACUGAGGUUACAAUACUUCAGCACCUAUCAGCACACCCAAACAUUGUGGGCUUUCGUGAAGCCUUCUGGAAGGAAAGUCUUGAAGAAAGUCAGCAAGUUCUUAUUCUCGUGCUUGACUAUGCAGAUGGUGGAAGUCUUGCGCAGUAUUUGCGUGUCACGCGUACAACCGAGGAAUGUGCUCGUGAAAUCUUUAUUGAGAUUGUCAGAGGAGUUCUUCAUUUGCAUAGUCACCAUAUCAUUCAUCGUGACUUAAAGUGUGACAAUAUUUUAUUGUUUCGGUCCGGUCGAAUCGUUGUGGGUGACUUUGGCACUUCAAAGCAGAUCAUUCCAACAGCUGGGGAAAAUCAAGUUCUAAAAAAGCAAGAUUUAACGGCAACGGUGGUUGGCUCUCCACUCUAUAUGAGUCCCGAAUUAUUGGAAGGCAAGCUACAUGGAUUUGCAACUGAUAUUUGGUCCCUUGGCUGUGUGUUGUAUGAACUGUUGUCCGGAGGAAAACCUUCAUUUGGUGCUGCAUCAUAUCCUGCCGUUGUCAUCCGUAUCACUCAAGGAGAAUACGAUCAGUUAGACCCUGAAGUAGUAUCAAAAGAAGCAUGUGACUUGAUUGACAUGAUGUUGCAGAAAGAGCCUCGAAAACGACCUAGUAUCAUGGAGGUGUUACGAUCUUCUUGGCUUGAGAAAGCUGCUAUUUCCGAACUUAAAAGCGAAGUUGCUUUUAUCAAUGAACCUUUAUCGCCGUAUUCUGUAAUAUCAGCGGAUAGCCAUCAAGCGAGUGCGAAGCCAUACGAUAGGUUUACUACUGGUUCGGUAAUAUCGACUCGUUUUCCUCCUCCAGCACCCAUGGGUAUCAUGAAAAAAGGUGCAUCACCUCGGGUUGCAGCUACUCGAAAUCAGAAACGUUUGAUACGUCGGAGUAGCUCUAUUAAGCGGAAGCGCAAUCUUUCUCGAAGCCGAGUUGUUUCACCAUUGAUUUGGCUGGACGAGGAGCCUCCACCUCCACCAGUGCUUCCAUUCAGAAACCCAUCUUUGGUCGCUCCUUCUAUUCCGUUCAAACAGCAUCGAGCAACUGAUUACGAUUCCGUUGAAAAAUGA